UCACUACAUGAGUAGAAGAAGAAGAACAUUGGAACAAGCAUGGCAGGAAGCAUCAGCCCCACUGCGGCUCCGGUAACUAGUUCUCUGUCUAAACUACAGUCUUUAAAUGGACUGUUUGCGAUAUAUAAGAAACAAGGACCGACGUCGGCAGACGUGUUGAAUACGCUGAAAGAAGCGUUACUCAAAGAAGCUGGUGUUCAAAACCCAAACCCGCGAAAGAGGAAGAAGCAGAGCCUGAAGAUUGGGCACGGGGGGACGCUGGACAGCGCCGCCAGUGGGGUGUUAGUGGUUGGUGUUGGGAAUGGCACAAAGAUGCUCAGUACAAUGUUGGCUGGUUCUAAGGUCGGUUCACCUCAUGGGAACCGUAACCAGGGCGGCAUCCUCUAUCACCAAAGCGGGGACAGAGAGCUUCAGGACCAGCAUGAAUGUUUACAGACCUUCGUAGGAGAGGGAAACACAACCGAAUUUGACAGUGACUUGACAGGAGGUCCUUACUCUGCCACUUUUUCCCAUGAUUUAUUGAUGUUCUGUCAUUUCAGCUACUCGGCACUGAAGAAAGACGGUCAGCGUCUGUCUGUCAUGCUGAAAAAAGGUCAUAAGGUUGAGGCCAAACCAGCCAGACCAGUCACUGUGUAUAACCUGACCCUGCAAGAGUUUAAGCCUCCUCUCUUCACUCUGGAUAUUGAGUGCGGUGGUGGAUUCUAUGUCAGAAGCUUGGUGGAUGACCUAGGAAAAGCUCUGUCGUCGUGUGCUCAUGUGAAGGAACUGAUUAGGACCAAGCAGGGUCAGUUCACCCUGGAGGAGCACGCCUUAUAUGAGGAGAAGUGGACCCUAGAACAUAUCCUGCGCUCUCUGCAACCCUUCUCACACUCAGAGCAGGGCCCGGAUUGUACAAAACCAGCAGAAGCCGACACCUGAGGAACACACACUGAACAAAAUGAAAGUGGCGAGCUGGGGUUGCUGUCCCCUCAAUGAUUAGUUACCACUCACCUGCUUUGCUUUUCCUGUGAAGAGAACAUCCUGUCUAAACACGUCAAGUUGAAGGUGUGUUGUUGAGCAAGAGAAGUGUGACAAGUUGAGACAAAUGUCAAAACUCAAAAGCACCACACAACUAAUCGAUUUAAUCGCAAAACAUUAUCAACAGAUUAAUCAAUAAUGAACAUAGUCACAGAGACUUACAGUGUAUAUUAAACACUAAAAGAAACAUUUUCAAACUGCAUGAUUUAUUGAUUUAUGCGGAAAAUACUCUAAAUAGUAUACUUUUAUACAGUUCCUUUAUUAACAUAAUUUGUUUUAAAUGUACGGAAUCUUUUAAGCUCAGCAGAAACAUUAACUUAAAGGUGCUGUAAGCAUUUUUUGUUAUAAGUGUUAAUUACCUCUACAUUCCGACAGCCAUCACAAAGUGUUCAGCCAGUAACGUGGGUUUCCCAGUCCCUUCUUUCCGCAAACAGAGGAUAUAUUUUCUGGUAUCCUGUUCCCACUUCAUCAAAUCAGGAGAGAGAACUCCACAAAGAGGCAGUGCUCAACAAGGCAGCAGAAUUUCACCGUGGUGACGUGGGGAGGAGGAAUGCUAACUGCAAAUACUGACAGGAAGUUAGCCAAAAUGCCGAUUUCAAUUACAGCACCUAUUUAAGGUCCAGUGUGUAAAAUUUAGGAGAUCUAUUGGCAGCAAUGGGAAAUAAUAUUCAUAGGUAUCUGGUAAUAAGUGUAUAAACAAAUAAGAAUUGUUGUGUUGUCGUUACCUCCCUUGUUUAUUUUCCUUCAUUUAGAAUCUAAAUAAUGUGAGAUCCGUAAUGGCCGUUAAAAUGUUAGACAGUCUUGUAUUAAAUACUUAUCAAUUACACCUUCUGUAGCAAUGCUGGAGAAUACAUUCAUAAAGCAAGUCAAAUAUAUAUUAGUCAUUUUACCUGCAGAUUUCUUUAUGGAACUGCCAUGCUGUUUGCUCUAAACAGUGAAACAGUUUCUUUUCUUCCGAUACACGGUGUUGAGCUGUUUUUGUUUAGUUUUUUUAAGAUUGGUGUACUCAACAUCUGAAAGUGUUCAGAUCAGCAGUGGUACUGCAUGUGUAAUUGAAUUUGUUUUGCACUUACAAAUUAAAUAUUCAAGUGAAAA